CCCUAUCUCUCUGUUCUACAAAUCUUUUUCUUUUCUUUCGCUCUUUCUGCCACCGCGUUUUCUUGCUUUCUAUCACAUGCAUGUGCAUUCGCUUGUUUCGUUAUCUAUCCAGUUUUUUCAUUUUUUUCAAUUUUUUCUGUUUUUUAUUUAAAAUCUUUUGCAUUCACGUACGCGGAGCGGUUCACACGUUUUGUAGAGGCUAUCACGCGAUAAUCUGGAUUUUACCGAUCUAUUCGCGAGAUAGCUUUGACGCAAUUUCGAUAGCGGUCGUCGGAAGCGAGGAUCGCGUAUCGGUAUGAAUGGCGUCCGAUCGGGAAAGUGACGAGUGAGACUGAUGAUUACUUACAGAGAAAAGUGUUGAGCCACAAGGAUCGGUGCACAAUAGAGAUGGUCCACGUUUUGGAGUGAUUGCUCCGAUAUCACGAGACAAAGAAUUAUUCAUACUUCAGUGUGAUAAUAUUGGCAAAGAAUGUAGUGACGAACACAAUAAGCGCGGGAAUAAUUAAUAUUUAUUUGCCAAUAUAUAUAUGUGAACGUGCGGGGUCAUCAACAUUGGUUGCUCCGAAAUACAACGCGAGCAUAGAUGAAAUCGCAAGAGUGAGAGAGAGAGAGAAAGAAUUAAAGAGAUCCUGGAACUUCAUGUUCCCCGGUCGCACUACACGUGUUUUUGUCGUUUCGGUUUGCAAUUAGUUCCGCGUGAACGUAUCGCAGAUACACAGGUGCUGGUAGGCUCUGAAUAGAAUGACGACAAUCGCAACAAUUACGUCAUUGACGACGAGCGGGUCGUCAGCUAUCACAAUGAGGUAGUGGGACACGUGCCCGGUUGGCUGACCACAAGUGUGUAACAGAAGAGAAGGCGAACUAUCCUAGGUAGUUAUUUCGGAGGAAAACACUUUUUGAAGUAGUGUCGGUGCUCUCAACUGCCUGACUUCUUGGGGACCAACCGAUUCGCAGCCAAGGCGAAGAGAACUGGAGGCCGCACGGAUACUCGAGCACUCCCGAAGGACGCAGAUGCCCCGAAGGAAACAGCACGCACCGCAACGCAUGAAAUGUAAGUAGUGGUCUCCGAUCGUUAGAAAAGCGAGCGGCUCGGAGCCGCCGCAGUGGACGGAAGAUAUGCGAAGCAAGCAGCAGCCCAGGCCUUCUUUCCGAUGGCCGCAGCAGCGCGGUGAUAACCUUACCGGGGAGGACGGCGUCGAAGGCUCUGCGCCCGGUACAGACCUCCAAGGUGAGGAGGGCGAUUGUGUAGACGAGGAUGGCCCUAUUAGCCCCAGCGAAAGGGGCUGCGCGCCCGCAGGAGCAAAAGAGGACGACGACGGCGAGGGAACGGACGAGGAAGACGACGAGGAGGCAUCGCCACCUACACCGCCGCCUUCCGCUACCUCGAGGUUAAACCCUACUAUCCUGAGAGACACAGGACCUCCGGACAGGGAGCCAAUGAGUCCGCGCUGUCCCUCGAGAGAUUCUCGGGAAUCGUCCGGUCCGGCGACCGGAAGUCCCCCACCACCCGCUACCAGAAGCAGCACGAGUCCGGUCAGUCCAAGUAGUAUCGUGCCUCUACCCCUUGGAAGUCACCCCUUGCUACCUCCCCAUUCUGCAGCGGUCAUGGCAGCGUACCUGCAUACUCAUCAGCGUCUUCUUCAAAUCGGCACUUCGCCCUUGUCGCGUAGUUCGGUGUCGCCUCUAGUUUCUUCCUCAUGUUCGCCACCAGCAGCGACGCCCGGUCUUCUGGUAUCACCCAGUAGUAUCGGAGAAGUCUCGCCGUCAGCGACACCACUGCCGGCUGUGCUAGACUUCAGCACGAGGAAAGUAUCCUCAGCUGAAGAGGACGAGGAAGAACAGAUAUUAAAUCUCAGCAAACCGCCAACGCCUUCCUCGACAGAAACGAAUAACGGUCCGUUGGAUCUUUCAGUAUCCAGUAGAAAAAGACCCGGUCCUGAAGACUCCCCACCUCCACCACCGCGCAAAUCGUCAAGAUUGGCUUCCUCUACUAGUUCUGCGAGUCAUCAAGAAACGGCACCAGGAGUUGCACCAUCCAGCUUUGGUAGGCCACCCGUGGUGUCCCCUUGGUCGUCCCCGGUGGUUGCUUCACACUUUCCGUAUUUCGCUGCAGCGGUAGCGGCAGCGGCUACUAGUCAGCAGCAGCUUUCACCGAAAAGCACAAGUGGCGUGGUGGAUCAUCAUCAGCUUUGGAAUGGAAAGAUGAAGCCGCCGGCAGUAUUGGAGAAGUCGUACCAACCUAGCGAAGCUACGAAAGCACUCGAGAAGAUGAGCGAGCUAAGUAAACUCGGUGGUGAGGAUCUUUUCAGAUCGUCUUCCACAGGCGGUGCUGCCGUAACCAAUACGCCGGCGACAACAUCCAGUAGUCGUCAUAGCGCUUGGCAAUCUCAUUGGUUGAACAAAGGAGCCGAUCAAGCGAAAGAUGUUCUGAAAUGUGUGUGGUGCAAACAGAGUUUUCCUACUUUAGCGGCCAUGACAACACACAUGAAAGAAGCAAAGCACUGUGGCGUUAAUAUGCCAGUACCACCUCCAGCACCGGGAAUUCAUUCGCAACAGACUACCAUGCAGAAUAUACCACCACCUCAACCACACCAACCGCAGACUUCCACUAAUAACACUGGCAGCAAUAAUUCGGCGACACCUAGCAAACAAAAUCCAUCCGAUUUGAAUCUCUUGAUCAAGGAAACUAUGCCUUUGCCAAGAAAGCUAGUGCGAGGUCAAGACGUCUGGUUAGGCAAAGGAGCCGAACAAACACGACAGAUUCUGAAAUGCAUGUGGUGCGGACAGAGUUUCCGCUCGCUGGCUGAGAUGACUUCGCAUAUGCAACAAACGCAGCAUUACACAAAUAUUAUCUCUCAAGAGCAGAUAAUAUCUUGGAAGUCGUCGGACGAAAGCAAGGGUUCUAAUACUACCGGUUCCACUGGUGGUAGCGCAAGUGUCACUAGCGGUGGGAGCAACGCAGGAGUACAACCGGGCGGAGGAUCAGGACCUCAUGGCGGAAACAAUGGUGGUCCUGGUGCCGGCGCUACAAGCAGCCAUGUUAGCGCCGUGCUCACUUGUAAAGUAUGCGAUCAAGCUUUCACUUCUUUGAAAGAGCUGAGUAAUCACAUGGUGAAAAAUUCACACUAUAAAGAACACAUAAUGCGUUCGAUCACCGAUAGCGGAGGACGUCGUCGACAGACGCGGGAGAAACGGAAAAAAUCACUGCCCGUGAGGAAAUUGUUAGAGCUGGAACGUGCGCAGAAUGAAUUUAAAAAUGGCGACGCUGCUACAGGUAUGACGCAUAAUCUCGGCAAGCACGCUGGCAGAAUCACCUGCGAAAAAUGCGGAGAGAAGAUUGAAACUCCGCUCUUUGUUGAGCACAUACGUCAAUGUAUCGGCGCAGGUACAGUAGGUGUCAAUCAAAGGAACUUUCUGAAGAAUGCGCUAAUGUCCAAUCAUUUACCUGCGACGUUACCACCAACCGAGAGCGGACGUAAAAGUGUCAGCGAAGAAACGUCUUCGGUAUCGUCAAGGCACCAUCGAUCUCCUUCCUCCGCUAGCGACGCGACCACACCCGGAAAGGACACUCCUACAUCAAACACCAACGAAUCCACUGCUGCAAUAGGUACGUCGCCGUCAGUUUUGAACGCAAUUGAGAAACUUAUUGAAAAAAGUUUCGAUUCGCGAGUAAGGCAUGGAACGCCCGGUUUGCAUCAUACUCAACCAGGUGCACCUAUGGGCACUAGUAUUCUCAAGCGUUUGGGCAUUGACGAGAGUGUGGAUUAUACGAAACCUCUGGUGGAUCCGCAGACGAUGAAUCUACUCCGAUCCUAUCAACAGCAGCAUCAACAACAGCAUUAUAAUGUAAAUGCCGUGGCAAGAAGAGAACGAAGCGGAAGUGAAUCUAGUUCAAUAUCGGAAAGAGGUAGCGGCAGAACGGAUACGAUGACACCGGAAAGACGCUUAGAUCUUUCUACUACGAGUCACGAAAGACAUUCGAGCUCUCUGCCUCAUCAUCAUCGCGUUACUCCAGAGAAGCAGACUGCCCCAUUACCUAGUCGCCAUCAUCCAGCCACAGAAGAAUCCGGAGAUGAAGAGUCGUCUACCGUGGUAGUGAAAAAAGAGCCGAGAGACGAAGAGACAGAAGAAAGAAGCACCGUUGAAGAGGAGCAACAGCAAUCACAAUCGACAAGGGAGGUGUUUGUGAAGAAGGAGAUAGUGGACGACUGCAGGGACGACGAGGAUCAAAGUUCCUACAAUCACCGACGAAGCAGCAUCCACGAUGCACCGGAGGACGGGCGAGAAGUUUUGUCACCUCGCAUGAAUCCACCUACACCUCGACCGACCAGUCAAGUGGAGCAAGUCGCGCGUAGUCCCUGUAGAAACAGCACUAGCAGUCCUACAAGCAGCGACCGAUCGGUCACGCCACGCGGAACGCCGGACACCAAGGCAUCCAGCAGUCUUGGAGCUCUUUCUUCUAUGUUCGACAGUUUAUCCGGAGGUGGCAGUGGAGGUGGUGGUGGUAACGUCGAUUCGCAGGGACGUAAAACCAGUAGUCAUCCCCUCGCGGCAUUGCAGAAGUUAUGUGACAAGACGGAAACGCGAGGUUCCAGCGCUAGUGGAGCUUCACGAUCUGGAAGUAGUUCAGCAGCUGCAAUCGGUCCAGGAAGUAGUAGCACCGUGGGAGUGUCGGGUCCAGGUCCUGGACCGACACCGGGUGCCAUCUUGGCUUUCAGUUGGGCUUGUAACGAUGCUGUAGUUACCGCCGAUUCGAUUAUGAAAUGCGCAUUUUGCGAUACGCCUUUUAUAUCAAAAGGUGCGUACAGGCAUCAUUUGUCCAAGAUGCACUUCGUCAAGGAUGGCGUUAUCCCGGAUCCGCUAACCAUUGGUAGAUCGGCCGCAGCAGCCGCGGCUGCUGCAGCCGCAGCGGCGGUCUCACAAGGCACUUCUGGUGGACCGAGUCGCAACUCGUCGUCGCCACCGACGUCGCAGCGCAACAAGUCGCCGCCUCUUCCACAGGCAAACGGUAGCCCGUCGCAGUCAGCGGCCUCGCCCCUCGAGGAGAGCCCGCACUCCAAAUUUCUCAAGUAUACGGAGCUGGCAAAGCAGUUGUCCAGCAAAUACGUAUAGUCCGAGCCCCGUAAGUAGCGGUGCCACUUGUACAUAAGUGUAUCUAUACUGUUAUCAUACCUGUAACUAGCGAUGUGAUUGAAAAGAAUUUUUUCAAUCCUUCUUUUCUUUUUUUCUCCGCGAACAUCCGCCGCGCCGAACGAUGUCGCCCGCACAAUCGACGUCUUCGAAUUUAUGCUUAAAGAGGCUGUGUCGUGGCUAUACCGAAAAUGACAAAACACGAUCGAUUUUACACGCACGUAAAAUUAUAGACGUGUGUAUAAAAUAGUUGAAACGGUGCGUAUUAUUGUCGUUCAUAAAACGAGAUUAAUUACACUAAUAUUUGUAGUUAUGAUUAUCGAUUUUCUUGAUUUAGAUUUCUGUGUGGAUUUUAGAUGUUACAAAGAAUUUUUCAAUGACUGUUAAGCGUGUGAAAAUAUUUAGAUGUACAAAUUGGUCGCCGUGAAAUGGCUUGUGCCGACAAAUAAUUUAAACAAGUGAUCGACAACAAUUGACAUUUUACUUUGAUGAUUCAAUGUGCUUUCGAUUUCGAGAAAUUUCAAAAUAUUCAAGUUUAUGAGUCUGUAAAAUCUAAAUUUGUACAUCUACUAAUUUAUAUGCGUAUUUUUUUACAAAAAUGUAAAUAUGAAAAAUAACUGCCAUUAUUUUCACAUACUCUUAAGAGUUCAAUUCAUCGUAAUUAUGUCGAUUUUACUCCUUACGAACCUCUCUUUAUCAAUAUUUUACAGUCACUUUUUCGCGAUUAAAUACAAAUAGACAUAAAUUUAAUUAUAAAUAAAUUUAUAACUGUAUAACGCUAUCAUACGCUAUAAACAGUUAUAAAUUAUUACUACAGGUGGUAAGCCUCGCCACUGCGCUCUUUCAGCCUAAAUGUGGGUAUCUCCGUCGAAAAGACUUCGCCGUUGCGACGAUAUUAUUACAGAAAUUUCAUUUACUUUUGCGGAAUAAAUGCUAUCAACAUAGCUUUUUUCUAUUUUUGAUGAUCGUUUUAAAAUUGUCAUCGAGGACACAUCGUAUCAUUCCUGGGUUGACAACACGAAUAGCGUGCGCAGUACGAUCCUUUGAAAAUUAAAACUUGCUUUACCGAAGAGAGGUCUCAAAUUCCGUUUUAUAUACUCCUCUACUUUUUUACACUAUUAAUCCUUCUCUUUUUUGUUCGCGUAUUUAUUCAAGUUUUUAAUUGUUGUAAAAAAAAUAUGAUCUAGUAGAUUUGCGCGCGCAAUCGUUUGGAAUGUUUUCUUCUCUCCAUAUAUCGCAUGAAACAUUUGAAAUCUCGAGAGGGAGUUUUCCGUUUCUCGCGGAAUUUUUCCUCGAUCGUAAUCUCUAUGGGAAUAAAAGUCUAAGACAGAACGCGCGUAACUUCGUACAAUCGACAUUUCGUAUCGUUAAGACUUUUCCCGCGUCAUGGUUUUGCCUUCCGUUUCUCGUAUUCCUCUGUCGGUCUUUAUGAAAAUUAACGAAUUCUAUUGGUGACUCUUACUUUCUUUUGUGUCCAAUGAACGUAUGACGAUGAUAUGCAUGUUGAACGAGCGUUAAUUAAAUUGUGAUGCCACCAUAUCUCGCGGCACUGCUGAGUCACGGGGCUCGGCACGCGGCCAAGUUUGUGAUUUUAUAAAUACUUAAGGACGUUUAUAUAUAUAUAUAUAUAUACAUACAUAUAUAUAUGUAUACCGUGAGAUAAGGAAGAUCGCGUAAGACAGAAAGAAAACUGCAAAAAUCGGUUAGAGUAGAAGAGAGUGAGAGAGAGGGAGAGAAAGAAAAACAAAAAAAUAGAGGAAGAAAAAGAAAACGAGAAAAAAGAAAAAGCUUACCUAUCACCUGUCAUAAGAUCGUCAGCAUGUAUACCUCUAGAUUGUAAGGCCGUAGUUUCUUAGUGCAUAGGAUACGUUGGGGUUAAUCCCUGUAUAGGAAUCUCUUUGUUGAUACUUAUUACUACAAAAAUUCGGUGAGUUUUGCUCGCGGAGACGGACAAGAGCCGCCUCGAAUAGAGCGUUACGACUGCUGCAAAUCGAAGAUGUAAAGAUAAACGAGCGAGUGUAGAAUCCGAAGGAUACAGAGACGCGGUGCAAUAGCGAAAUAUGCGAUUAAUUGAAUAAGUACGUGUGAAUUGAAUACGUGAUUGGAAGAACGGAGAGUGAGGGAGAGAGAAAGAAAAAAAGAAACAGUGUGUGUAUGUGAAAAUGAAAAAGAGAAAAAGAGCGUGUGUCGUCGAAGAACGUUGAUUUUUUCGACGUGACGUAUAUGUGUAGAUCAUUGUAAAUUUUCUUUGUUCAAAUAAUAUUUAUUGCGCCGAGAGAAAGAGAGCCAACGUGUCAUUUUACAUGUAAAAUAUUGUCAUUAUUAUCACUCGAAUUAUCGCGAAUAUUGUGUAUAUUGAUUAUAAUUACAAUUAUUAUAUUACGAUGAUGCGUGGCGGAGAAUAUAGUGAUAAAUGCGGAGUUACGGGGCGCAAGUGGAUCAAUCGAGAGGAUGAACGAUGAUGACGAUGAUGGUGAUGAUGAGAGAGUGCGUGAGAGUGUGCAUGAGAGACGUGAAAGACGGAAAGAUAGAAUGACGGGAAAAGAUAAAGAAUGCGGAAUUUUGAAAGCAAAGGAACAGAUAGAAAAAGAGAGCAGCGUGUGGCCCACAACAACCGACGGCCAGAAAAGAACGGAACAUACUUGUAUACGUAUUUCUUGUAAACUCUAAUUCUUCCAUCGCGGACUUUAAAAGUAUUUAUCGACAUAAUAAUAUUAAUAUUAUUAUUGUAAUAUUAUAUACGACUGCUGAGAGUGUGAUGAACGUAACAUAAGAAGAUUACGUGGCUGCGACCGACAUACAACAUACACGUACACGACAUACCUUACAUACGUAAAAAAAAAGACACGCACACGUUUGUCGCAGCAACACUCGAGGAAAGGAACAGCCAGCCGUACGAAUGAUACGCUCGAAACGUACCUACCUACUUACAAACACGCAACCACAAAGAUAUGCAUCAUGUAUACGCGACUCUUGAAACCAUUUUACCAGAUUUGUCAUUAUUUAAUUAUUUCGGUUGUAUUUUAAAAUGCAAUUAA